GUGGUGUGUGAUGAGAACGGCUCUAAGGGUUAUGCCUUUGUCCACUUCGAGACGCAAGAGGCUGCUGACAAGGCCAUCGAGAAGAUGAACGGCAUGCUCCUCAAUGACCGCAAAGUGUUUGUGGGCAGAUUCAAGUCUCGAAAAGAGAGGGAAGCUGAGCUGGGAGCCAAAGCCAAGGAGUUCACCAAUGUUUACAUCAAAAACUUCGGGGAAGAGGUGGAUGACGAGAGUCUGAAAGAGCUGUUUAGCCAGUUUGGUAAGACCCUAAGUGUCAAGGUGAUGAGAGAUCCCAGUGGGAAAUCCAAAGGCUUUGGCUUUGUGAGUUACUGGAAACACGAGGAUGCCAAUAAGGCCGUGGAAGAGAUGAAUGGAAAAGAAAUCAGUGGGAAAGUGAUUUUUGUAGGCCGUGCACAGAAG